UCAGGAAACGCGCACUUCCGUCUUUUGUCACCUCAAGCCACUCAUUUUCCAUUUCCACAGCAGUGUCUCGUUCUGCAAGCAGUUUUCUAAAAGGUGUAGUCACAUAUGGGGACGGCUGUGUUCAGACAAAUAUGACACUAUUUAUAGACUCCUUAUCGCCGAACAAGCAGAGCGCAAUAGCAGAGCUACCCGACCAGCUCUGUGUACAGAAGAGGAAGCGUGCUUUCAUUUUCUUAAAAGAGGCGAGGAAGUGAUUUGGAGUGGAGAGUCACUUGUUGAGUUAAAAAGAAACGUUCAGUUUGGGGGUGUUUGAAGUGGGAGGAGGUUGAUGGAGUUUUCGGAGCACAUCAAAACGGCCAAUGUGGAGGAUGUUUUGCUCCAGCAGCCGCUUCAGCCGCCCAUCAGAGGGACCCUGUGCAUCACCGGCCACCACCUGCUCUUCUCGGACAGGGAGGAGGGCUCCAGGCAGGUUUUGCUGCUCCUCAGAAACAUCGAUGCCACUGAGAAAAGUGUGGAAAACCUUGUGGGCUAUUCCGGUUUCUUCUCUAAUGCAAGUCAAAGUGAAAGGAUGUCUGGAUCAUCAGGAACAAUCACCAUCAAGUGCAAAGAUCUGCGUAUUCUCCAGCUUGACAUACCAGGCAUGGAACAGUGUUUAAACAUUGCCCACUCUAUUGAGACCCUCUCCUGUCUGGACAAUGUGCCAGAGAUGUAUCCUUUCUUUCACAGACCUACCGACCUCAGCCUGGAGAGCCAGUGGGGUCUUUCAACUCCUGAAAUACACUUCAGUCAAAUGAAAGAACUUCAUAAAAGGUGGAGAUUGAGCAGCGUCAACAGAGACUACUUGGUGUGUCCCUCCUAUCCCCCAGCAGUCAUUGUUCCAAACACUGUGGAUGAUGACACGCUGAAGAAGGUGGCCAAAUUCAGACAGGGUGGACGCUUCCCUGUCUUAUGCUAUUACCACAGGAAGAAUGGCAUGGUGAUCAUGCGCAGUAGUCAGCCACUGACCGGAGCCAACAAGAAGCGCUGUAGUGAAGAUGAGCUUCUCCUCCAGGCUGUGAUUGAUGGGUCAGAUAAAGGUUACAUUAUUGACACCCGCUCUAGUCAGCAGGUUCAACAGGCCCGGAUGACGGGUGGAGGGUUUGAGUCCAAAGCGUGCUAUGAGCGCUGGAAGAGGCUGCACAGACAGAUGGAAAAGGGUAAAGCACUCCAGGAGAGUCUCAUUAAACUGGUGGAGGCUUGCGGAGAUGAGUCCCACAACAUGGAUCGCUGGCUCAGUAAACUUGAGAAUUCAAAGUGGCUGUCUCACGUCCAGACUGCUCUGUCAACUGCUGGCCUGCUAGCGGAGUGUGUGGAAAGAGACGGCCAUUCGGUUCUGGUUCAUGGAUCUGAUGGGACAGACUGUUCUUUGCUCAUCAGCACUCUAGCUCAGCUCAUCAUGGACCCAUGCUGCCGAACACUUGAGGGAUUCUUGGCCCUGCUGGAGAGAGAGUGGGUACAGGCCGGACACCCGUUCCAGCAGCGAUGUGCCCACUCAGCUUACUCCCACACUCGUCUCCAGCAGGAGUCCCCGGUCUUCUUGCUGAUGCUGGACUGUGUGUGGCAGCUGUGGCGUCAGUUUCCUCUUGCGCUGGGUUUCUCUGAGGCACUGCUCCUGAGACUGGCCACUGAAGCCUACGCCUCUGAUUUUGGAACCUUUCUAUGUAACAAUGAUCAGGAGAGGUGUGCUUUAGGAGUUAAGGACAAGACUCACUGUUUGUUCCAAGCCCUGCUGAGGCCCAUUGAGAGAGAUUUCUACUCAAACCCACUUUAUGAACCCACUGAGUUGGCAAUUUGGCCCUCAGUUCACCCUCAGUCCCUGCAGCUCUGGAGAGGAUUUUUCCUGAGGUGGACCCAGGAGGCUCGUCACCUUGAGGAGGUUCAGGAGGAAGUAAGGAACAUGGUCAAUGAGUGGGGGAGGUUAGCCUUCAGCUGAUGGCUCUACAGUGUGUAUAAUUGAGUUAGUCAAAAAUAUUC